AAGGGGCUGGCCCCGGAAGGCGGAGGAAACCCUGAAAAGAAAACAGCAACAAGCUGAGCUGCUGUGACAGAGGGAACAAAAUGGCGGCGCCGAAGGGGAGCCUCUGGGUCAGGGCCCAACUGGGGCUCCCGCCGCUGCUGCUGCUGACCAUGGCCCUGGCCGGAGGCUCGGGGACCGCUUCGGCUGAAGCGUUUGACUCGAUCUUGGGUGAUACGGCGUCUUGUCACCGGGCCUGUCAGUUGACCUUCCCCUUGCAUACCUACCCCAAGGUGCCCGCCAAUUUGUACACAGUGGAUCACACAGAAGAGGAGUUGUACGCAUGUCAGAGAGGUUGCAGGCUGUUUUCCAUUUGUCAAUUUGUGGAUGAUGGAAUUGAUUUAAAUCGGACCAAAAUGGAAUGUGAAUCUGCAUGUACAGAAGCAUAUUCCCAAUCUGAUGAGCAAUAUGCUUGCCAUCUUGGUUGCCAGAAUCAGCUGCCAUUCGCUGAACUGAGACAAGAACAACUCAUGUCCCUGAUGCCAAAAAUGCAUCUGCUCUUCCCUCUAACCCUGGUAAGGUCAUUCUGGAGUGACAUGAUGGACUCUGCUCAGAGCUUCAUAACCUCUUCAUGGACUUUUUAUCUUCAAGCUGAUGAUGGAAAAAUAGUUAUAUUCCAGUCUAAGCCAGAAAUCCAGUAUGCACCACAGUUGGAGCAGGAGCCUACAAAUUUGAAGGAAUCGUCUCUAAGCAAAAUGUCCUCAGAUCUGCAAAUGAGAAGUUCACAAACACAUAGGAACUAUCUUGAAGAUGGAGAAAGUGAUGGCUUUUUAAGAUGUCUGUCUCUUAACUCUGGGUGGAUUUUAACCACGACUCUUGUCCUCUCGGUGAUGGUGCUGCUCUGGAUCUGUUGUGCGACCGUCGCUACAGCUGUGGAGCAGUAUGUCCCCUCUGAGAAGCUGAGUAUCUAUGGUGACUUGGAGUUUGUGAAUGAACAAAAGCUAAACAGAUAUCCAUCUUCUUCUCUUGUGGUUGUUCGAUCUAAAGCUGAAGACCACGAAGAAGCAGGGCCUCUACCUACAAAAGUGAAUCUUGCUCAUUCAGAAAUUUAAGCUUUUUUUUUCUUUUUUAAAGUAAGGGUAAUAGACAUCUAAAUUUUCAUUCCUCAUAGAGCUUCUAAAGAUGGUUUCAUUGGAUAGGGCUUAAAAAUCACUAUAAAAUGCAAAUAAAGUUACCCAAAUCUGUGAAGACUGUAUUUGCUGUAACUUUAUCUGUAAUUUCUUUUCUAGUAAUUUAAGAGAUGGAUAUUUGGAAUUGCAUUUUUAUUUUACUAAUACCUGUAGCUAUUUUAUUAUUUACAUUGUUUUUGUUUGUUUUCUUUCUUAGCCAAAUUCUGUGAGCUGAUCAUUGCUCUUCCCCACCUCCUGCCAUAAUACUGUCUGUCAGUCAUCUUAGUUAAUAAACUGAAUGCUCAAUAGGAUUUGAUGCUUUUGCUCAGAAAUUGCCCACAAUCUGUAUUUUGAAAUUUAGCAGGAAAUGCCCUUUAAUGACACUACACUUUCAGUUGUAUUGACUGAAAUCAUUAAAAUUUUAUUUGAAUAAUUAUGUGCUGAAAUUUGAGUUAAUAUAACUCCUGAUUUUCCAGAUCGUUCCUUUCACCCCUACCCAACAGAAAAGAAUGAUGAAAUGUCCUGCCUUUUGCUGCAUAAUAGGGUGAUCAGAGAAAAAACUGAAGCAAAGAUGACCCUCUAAGAAGCGUGUUUUCUGUUAUUUUGUACAGGCUGUAGAGGUUUUGUUAGGUGAGCCUUUCCGUUGUUUUCCUCUGUUAGAAAGCAUAUCAUGUGGAAGUUAUUUUCAGAGAAAAAUUUUCAUGUUGACAAUAAGAAUUAGACUCUUGUGAUGCAGAAUUAAGUAUACAUUUCACUUGGCAAAAACUUAUCAUUCCUUUAACCUACAGUAAUGCAGAUUUAAAAGUAAGAGUGACAUUAGGUGACAGUACACUGCAAUCUCAGCACGGUUCAGUGUCCUUACAGCAGGAAAUGUUACAGAACUUUGUAGAGCAGUACUUUCCUGACUCACGGGGCCAUUGCUGGCGCGGGCAGUAGAGCGGCUUGACCGCAGGGAGUCACACCCUUACCCGACAGCCGGGCCGUCAGCUUUCUUAGAGUCUGGAGGAAACACCGUUAACUAAUAAGCAAGUAGUACUUUGGUCACAAAAUGAUAGGUUUGGGUUUUUUAAAGAGUUUGUCUAGAUUUGGAAGAUAGAGGGUUUGAAAGUAUGUGCACACAUCAGAAGGGGAAGAGGGAAGGAAUUACUGGGCAGUCUUCAAGCCAUCAUUGUCUCUUUCUUACUUCUUGUGAGAGAACAGUUGAAAAACACAAGGCAAAGAUUGGAGUCACCUAAAAAAAAAAUGUCUUAUCCCCCCCGCCCAUGAUACAUAUUUAUGUCCCUUAACUGAGCACAGGCUUAACAGUAAUGCACCCAACGAGGGGGAGAUGUGCGAAGUGCUGCACGUGCAUGGGAGCCUGAGAGCUCGCCGCGAGGAAAGGCCUGCCUUCUAACACAGUGCAAAGUAAAGCCUAGACAAGGAGCGACUGGAUAAUUGUCCUAGAUUCUCCCCCCUUCCCUUGGUUUUGUUUCUCUUUGCUUCUCAAAUGACGUACCCCUGAGACACACUCAUUCCUCUUGGAAGUCCUGAUUCAAGUUUAGACAAACUUUCCCAUCUUGUUCAGGAGACAAUUCCAUACAUGUGGGAGUACCCAGUCAUUCCUGUCAUUUAGUAGGCACUCCAAUUUUUGUGUUCUGCCUUUUUUAGUUUAGCAUGAUUAAACCAGGCUGACAUUUUCAAAAAGAGUUUUACUUUAAACAAAAAACUCAUCCCCUCCCUAAAAAUGCAAUAGUGUAAAAAUGUUGACUUGAAAUUCCAACACAAGCAACAAAACCAGUCCUUUCAAAGUUUAGCUCUUCUUGGGUGGAUCCCUCUUCACUUGUUUUCCAUGAGACAGGUGGCACCUGCUUUCCUACCAUACAGCAUCUUCUUGUGAACCUUACCUUGGUCCUAGGCAAAUUGUCAAGACCCUUGAGUCUCUGGGUCAAACCUCCCAGACACCUAAGGUCCUUAUUUCUAUGAGGCAUUAUCGGCCAACCUGAACUGCUGGUCAUGUGAAACCUAUUGUUACUCUGAUAGUCCACCAAAUGCAAACAACUUCUCCUUUGUUACUGGUGUGGCUUUAUCUUAGAUAUAUGUGCCAUUUCCAUUAUGAUUUUUGAAAUAUAUAAAAUAGCUGUUACGAUUUUUAUGGGCUCUUAAGUACCUUAGGACACAUUGGGAAUUAUUGAUCUAGAGGUUUCUAAACCUUUUCUGAUAAAAUUAACCAACUAGCCUCCCCCUCACUUUGGAGCAGACUAUAAAACAAGUCUCACCUGAGUCCCCAUACCACCACACUAUGGCGGGGAGUUUGCGCACGUAUUGUGUUCCAGAGUCACAGUCUAACUAUCCAACAACCGCUUGAUAGCCUGAGUGUCAGGCCCUGUGCUGGGUGAUAGAACUUCAGCAACAAACAAGACUGGUGGCUCAAAAUCUGGGGAAGGAGACAGACUAUUAAUGUGAUAGGGCCUAUGACCAGAUAAGCAUAGAGUGCUAUGGGAGGACCUAUAGGAGGAAGUGGUGUCCAAGCUUAAACCUGGAGGAGCGGGGGAGUCAAACAAAGAAGUACUGCAGGCAGUGGGAGCAGCGUGCUCGAAGACCAGAUGCUCGACGGUGGGCGCAGCAAAUUGUAAGCAGGUUGCGAUAGAGCGCACAAAAGCAUAGCGAUGGAUGUGGCUGGGCACGCAGGAUAACAGAGGCCCUUAUAAAACCUGCACUUGAUCUGAGCACAGUGGAAGCCCAGGAAGGUUUUAAGCAAGAGAGUUACAGUGUCUUAGAACCAUUCACUUGACAACAAUGUGGAGGAUAGAACAGAAGGGCAGGUUCAGAAGCCGAAGAUCUCAGUUCUGUAACCUCUAGGAUCUAUUAAAUUAUAUACUUCUCCAGCCACACUGAGAUGGGAAAUUCCAUUCCCUUCCCAGACUUCUUUUUUUUUUUUUUAAUGCCCAAUACUAUUUCAUUUUACUUCACAUAUAUUUCUGAGCCCUUAUCUAUAAGUGUCUCUAUCCCUCCACAUUACUGUUUGGAUGGUAAAUCCUAGGACUUGUCUCUGGGUCCUGGUCACGAUCUAAGUGUUGCCAAGCAGACUGGGAAGUCUGUUCUGUGGAGACCAAGUUUCUUACCAGAUUUAUGUGGGGCUAAAUUUUUAAACCACAGUGCUAGGUCAGCUUAUCACCAUGCUCAAAUUCCAGGUUUGCCAACCCAGCCUCUACGAAGCCGGUGUGCUCCUGAGCCCCGCCCACCAGCUGUCUGGUUGCUAAGAUUGUCGUGUUUACGCUCGAAUAUCAUGAACAUCUGAGCUACCUUUUUAAUCUUUCUUUCCUUGACUACUUGUUCUAAACUAGAGUCCAGGGGUGGAAGUACGUACAGGAAUAGAGAUAAAAGAGUGAACUGGUGGAAAAUGCAGACUUCUGUGAGAAGCUAGCUUGUACAGUCUGUGGAUUUUCCAACUCCUUGCAAUAAUUAGAUUGGGAAGCAGUUUAUAUACCUUUUCUCAAAUUUGUGAUUGUUGAAGUCAUCGCCAUGUACUUCACGAUUAAGUGUUCUCUUCCUGUGAUGUGGAUGACUUGUUGAGAGCAGGUGUUCAUAACCUUUUUCACACCAUGGACCUUUUUGGCAAUCUGGUGAAGCCCGUGGACUCCUCAGAAUCAUGUGUUCAGAUGCAUAACACUAGAUAUGAAGGACUGCAAAGGAGACUGACUAUGUUAAAAUAGAGUUAUUAAGAUAUUUUUUAAAUUUAGUGGUUGUGUGUAUAUGUACUUCUUUAUUAACACAUAAAUUAAGGUCUAGUGGUAGUUCUAGAACCUCUGUAAUUCCAAAGUAAUUUCAAGCUGUUAUUUCGAAAUACCUGCAACAGUUGUAAUGUGAUAUCUGAAUCUCUGUGGUUUCUAUUGGUGACAAAGUCGCGGGUUCUGCUCAUAGACUGUCGAUUGUAGCCUACAUGCGUAGUUGAAGGAAAUGCUGUAUUUCAGUUAGAAGUUAGUGAAUAUAAAGAUAUAUUUUUUCCCAUCCAAGUGCACUAAACCCCUCAUCUAGAGGUUGUCUAACUUUUGUCAUUUUUUUUAAGUUUUUAUUUCAAUUCCAGUUAGUUCACAAACAGUUUUACUUUGUCAUUUUAGGAGCAAAGUAUUUUUGUUUGCUUGUUCGAUUCUAAAUUAUUUGGGCCUUUUUUUUUUUUUUUUUUUUUUUUUUUUUGGUUACUGUUUCCUGUGUGCUUUUUAUACUUGAAUUGUUCUGCAACAUUGGAACAGCAAUAAUUGAAGGCUUGGGUGGAAAGAAAUCAGCAACUGAUUAAUUAGGCAACAAAAGCUGGAUGAUGUUACCUCAAGAUAUACUGUCAUGCAGUCAUUGCUGGAGCCCUGCAUCUGUUGAUUCAUAGCGCAUAAGUAUGUGAACUUCAAUAAAAUCUGGAUCAUCUGCAUUAAA